GGGAGGGGUAAAUAUCUUGCCCUCCAGUUUGUUUCUCUCCUUCCUGAGAGAGAUCUAUUGCCAGAAUAUCACUUAAGGCUGACUUGCUGCUUGGUGCUGUAGUGAUAUGUGCUUAAGGAGCUAAAAGAAUGAGAGGAACUGAAUUAACACAUAGCACCCAGGAUCUAUGGCGCAGAACUACCCAGCAAGAUGCUCAGUCGGUGCACUCAGUCUCCAGUACAGACCUCUCCCUGGAGGGGCUGGAUAUCCAGGAAUCAAUGCUCAGGGCCUUGGCCUGUUCCAUGAAGAAGAAGCGCUUUCUUAGCAGGCAGCUGAAGGCAUCUACCGGGAGAGGUGUGUCCAGCUGGGUGUCCUGGAGGCAGCAGAAAUACAAGGCCUGGAGGGAGCUUCAGGAAAACAUCUGGAACUGUGCCAGGAUCUUCUGGCUCUGGAAACCUUCUUUGGAUGAGAUUGGCGGGAACUUUGGUCCUGGCAUCCAGUCCUAUUUCACCUUCUUGAGGUUUCUGCUCUUCAUCAACUUCCUGGCUGUGCUAUUGGCCACAGGCUUCAUAGUGUUGCCAGUUCUCAUUGCUCAUGAUGCAAGUACCUUUCCUAAAAGUCUGCGUGCAGAGGCUGUGUGCAGGAACUACAACCACAGCCGUAGUUCCAGAUCUGCCUGGCAACAUUUCCAGGAUGUCUUCACUGGGGAAGGCUUUUUGGAGCAUUCCUACCUGUUUUAUGGCGGUUACAACAUGAAAUGGGAUAACAACAGCCUCUACAAUGUGCACUUGGCCUACCUGCUUAGUAUCCUGGGAUACUUCCUUGCCUGCUUCAUUUGGAUCUUCCGGCAGAUCACAGCCAGCUUUGUGCAAUGGAAGAUGCAACGAUGGGACUUCAAGCAAAAUGCCAGUGCCAAGAUCUUCACUGAAUGGGAUUUCUGCAUCCAAAGCCCUGAGGCAGCUGCCCUUAAGCAGAAGAAUAUUUACAAUGGCCUCAAGAUGGACCUAGCGGAGCAGAACCGGCACAUGCAGAACCAGCAGCGGACACGGAAGCAGCUUGCUCAGCUCUACCUUCUGCGCCUGCUGAUCAAUGGUGUCAUCCUGCUAUUGAUGGUGGCUGCUUUCUACAUAAUCUAUUUGGUCACAACAUUUCCCCAGCACUACCAUCAGCAGGAUGCAGCUAGCCUUGGUGUGCUGGUGCAGUACCUCCCACCUGUAGCCAUUUCUGGGGUGAAUCUCUUUAUGCCAUUUCUUUUACAUGCCCUGGCCCAGUUGGAGAAUUAUUCUCCCAGUGAUGAAGUCAACCUCACCAUAGUCAGGUGUGUCCUUCUGAGACUGUCCUGCCUGGGAAUGUUCCUGUUCUUCCUGGGCCACAGGAUCUUGUGCUGGGGGAGCAGUAGCGCUGUCCAGUGCCAGCCGUGUGGUUACAACAAACUCUAUCAGUGCUGGGAAAACCGCAUUGGACAGGAGAUGUAUAAGAUGACCAUCUUCAAUUUUCUGACCACCUUGGCAUCAUCUUUCCUGAUCAGCCCUCUCCGGAGGUUGCUGGUGAGGUAUUCCUCCAGCGCAGUGGCUCGGUGGCUUGGCAAAGAAGAAUUCCUGGUGCCCCACAAUGUGCUGGAUAUUGUAACCAUUCAGACAGUCAUAUGGACUGGGAUCUUCUUCUGCCCUUUGCUGCCUUUGGUUGGCUGUGCUUCCAUCUUCCUUGCCUUCUAUAUCAAAAAGUAUACCCUGUUUCGGAACUGCCAGCCUUCAACUCGGCUGUUUCGAGCAUCCCGUUCUAAAUUCCUCUUCCAGAUCAUGCUGCUGCUAGGCCUCUUCCUGGCCUGCACUCCUCUGAGCUUUGCCAUCAGCAGGGCCUCUCCAUCCCACGCAUGUGGGCUCUUUGCUAACUAUGCAGUUCCAUGGCAUGCAGUGAGCACAGCGGUGUCCGUUCUGCCUGCCUCAGUGCAGCUCAUCCUGGACUAUGCCACAUCCAGUGUCUUUUGUUUCUCACUUCUGAUGCUGCUCAGCCUCAUCCUUACAGUAAUCAUAGCUCAGGCACAGGAGAAUAGACGAGUCAUUGAAAGACUCAAAAAGCAACGGGAACUGUAUGUCAAGGAGAAAUGGCAUUUGGUGAAGAAACUGGCUCAAGCAUUCGUGGAAUUACUGUGAGUUCGGGGAAGAGGAUCCUCCACAGGAAGUGAAAUUCUGGCAGCGCAGUAGCAGCGGCAAAAACUCCUGCUAAGGGGAUCAGAGCCCAUAAUUGGAACAUGCCAGAAAUAAAGAAGCCACUAUAACCAUGAAUUUUCUCAUUAGGCCACAGAGGCUGUAGACUAGCCUUCAUGUAGCUCAUAAAGGACUUUCUCUGUGAGCUGCUCUACCUAUUUUGCUGGACUCAUGCUAGAGCAAGUUCUGGCAAGCCUGCUGGGUAUUAAAAUGAUGCUUUUAGAGAAGAACAAAGCUAUAUGCUAUAAAGCUAUAUAUGCUUAUAUCAAAAUACAAAAAGGGUAUUUUCAGUCGAGAAUGUCACCAAUCCUCAUGGAAAUGAUUUGCUCACUAACUGGAUCAUGAAUCUCUUGGUCAUUCAAAAUAAAACAAGGGUAUGUGCUUUGUCUACCAA